AUGAUAUCCGCGGCAGAGGCCAAUGGCUUCCGAAAGCUGCUUCAACUUCAAUCCCCUCCCCGCGGCACUCCCUCCCGGGUUUUGUCUGCGCGAUUACGAAGAUGUCCCCAACUACAACAUGUUCUCUCUGCCGUAGCCCCUGCUGCGAGGUCUUCUUUACAGCAACCCCUCACGAGUAUUCCGAAGUCAACAAGGAGAUUUUAUCAGUCGGACGCCCUCGCCGCGUCGCAUGCGGACACUGUCGCGCCGUUACCUGUCAACUCGCCUGGAGUGAUGGAAAGCUUGUUGGGCGCCGUUCAAUCUCAGGAUACAAUGCGGAUCUUUGCAGAGCUCAAACUUCUGGGGCAGCAUGAGCGACAAGAUGAGGUUACGUAUGCCUUAAGCAAGUUGCCUACUCCAGUCUUCUCGGAAGUCGUUCGCUCCUUGGACCCUUUUCAAGUUGGACCCCAAGUCGAUAUAACUCAUGGCCUUCAAGUAGCGCCGGGCCUGGGACAAUUCAGCGCCGUCGCGUCUAUUAUGGACGAGUUUGGAAUACGCAAACUGUACCGCAACCUUGUCAGAUUGAUUCGCUCAGUUCUCGACUUACGGCAGCAAAACGGCAGAGACCUGAUGCUAUCCGACUAUGUGGUUCUCCUGAGAUGCGCUGGGGCUGCUGCCGAUAUCGAAACAGCAAAAUGGAUCUGGAAGGUGGCCAUGAGGCGCAACGAGCAGAAGGAUGCCAACCGCAGGGAAGGGCUGGCAUACGCAGAAUUCAUGAAAGCCCGGUUCCUUACAGAGCCGCUUUACAUGCAGUACGAUUUUGCCAGAUUCAGGGUCCGCCCGCGAGACCUUACCGGUCACAGAAAGCGUUUUGUUAAUAAGUCAUUUUUGCGCCGUCUCGAGAGAUUGCGCCUUAGCACUUUUGCAAAUAGCCGUUCGCAUUAUGGUCGAUCUCCCAACCAACCAACGCACGACAUGCACCGAUUGAUCAGUCUCAAAGGCCCAGUUCGACGAGUUUGGUUCAAGAUACACAAGGAUCGCGUUAUUGUUGAUCAGGAAAUAUUUUGCGCGCAUUUGAUUGCAUGUGCUCGAGCAGGUUCUUUUCGAGAAAUGGUCAGAAGAAUAUGGCAAACAUGGAGGAUAAGAAUCACCGAUUUGAAGGAUCAUCGUGCUGCUCAUAUUGUUGGUGGCCUCGAUCGCAGGAGACUUGACCCCUUGGCCAUACCCGAUCGCAAGUUGUUGGACGCCUUGGUGCAUUCCUUUGGAUGUACCGGCCAUGUCAUCUUGGCAAGGAAGCUCAUGAUUUUCUUUUCUGCGCGAUACAAAAUCACGAUACCCCCCGAAACCUGGUCUGCGCUAUUGGAGUGGACUUACAUCACGUCGUCCAAGCCGGCAUCGACUGAAUGGAAAAUCCUAAACGACGCUAACAGAAUCAUUGGUGAAGAGGAUGUAUUUGCUAUAUGGCAUACCAUGAUUUCUGAACCGUUUCAGAUAAAGCCCAGUCCGAAAGACACGGACAUCUACGUUAAAACAUUGAUUGCAGCUGGCAAGAUGGACCUAGCCUGUGAAGAGAUCAGACGUGGCCGUGAGCAGUAUGAGGCUGCGUGUGAAGAACUGCAGACAACCCUUUUUGAGAGGUUGUAUCCAUCGCCACCUCCGGAAGCGAUUGAUCGUCAUACGCGGGCCAAGGUCAAGCAACACACAACGUGGUAUACGGUACAGAGAUGGUGCAAAAUGUGGCUUGCUCAAGCCACGUUUGCAGAUGCAAUCUCGUCACGUGCCAUCACCAACUUCGUUGCCGAAUUCAAAGAAAUUUUACCGAACCCCAUCACCUACAAAACGACUGGAGGCACCGUGAGAAUCGAAAACCCUACGAGUCUUCAUAGGCAACAAUGGAAGAGGCGGGUUGUUCGGAGCCCUUCGACACAUUUGCGCGUGCCCGAUCGGAGUCGUCCGAAGUUUGCUCAGCUUGAGGUUGAAAGUGAGGACAAGGAUGGCCCAUUGGUUCCAGUGAUGAUGAGCGAGUCUGGAAACCAUAUGUAUGAGAUGAUGCCGAUUACUCUCAGCCGACUGACCAAGAAGAGCGUGCGCAAGCGGACUGAUAAGGUUUUUGGGCAGAAGGACAAGAAACUCCAAUUGAUAGCUGGUCGUGAGACGGGCGCGGAACAAAUCGAUCCUGCCAUUGAAGGAAAGAUACAGCAGCUGCAGAAAGGCGGAUAUGUUUUCAAGCGAUUGGUGAUGAGGAGUUUAGCUUGGUAA